CCCCACGUUGGUGAGCUGUUGCUUAGCAGCUAAUAAUAGGCGAUGUUUGCAAAGUAAUUUGCCUCUUCCUCGGCCAAUGGGAGCCGCGGCACUUUUCCAUCAAAGCUCCCUUUUCAGGAUUCGCCGAGAGGCGAGCUCGUCCAAACGUUGCCGCAGCGCGAUCGGAGGUAGACGCGACGCGCGCCCACCAGCGAGACCGCCGCAGCUCGGCUACUACCGAUCCCAUCUGAGACGCUGGGGGUUGUUGUUUUUUAUUAUUAUUAUUAUUAUUAUUAUUAUUUGUUUGCCCGCGUGUGCUUUUUUUUUUUUCCAACAACCUCGCGAUCGAAUGACGACUGAAGGAUCUUUACGGAUUUGGGCGCAUAAUGUUGGGAUGGAGUUUGGCGACUCGUUCGGCUCCACGGAAGACUAGCAGGACACUUUCUUGCAACUCGUCGGCGCCGGACGCGCUCCUCUCCCAUGUCGGAUUACUGCGACGCUCUGUGAAAUCGCAGCCGCUUCGUGUGUCGCUUCGCCCCCCAAGCCUGCUCGGACCAUGGCCUCGGAUAGCGGGGUCCCAGGGGCCGGUGUCUUCGGAGAGUUACCCCCGAGCUACGCGCGCUCACGGCCGGCCGCCGACGCCGAAGACGCGCUCCGGAGACCCAGCGGCUACUGCCACGCCGCUUUUGCACUUAAACAGAUCUCAAAGGGGAAGGCGGUAGGUCAGAAUGCGCCCCUGUGGAUCCGCGCCAGGUUCCAGGCCCUCCUGUUCUCUCUGGGCUGCCACAUCCAGAGGCACUGCGGGAAGGUGCUCUUCAUCGGACUCUUGGUGUUCGGGGCGCUCUCCGUGGGACUCCGAGUGGCCGCCAUUGAAACGGACAUCGAGCAACUGUGGGUGGAAGCUGGUAGUCGAGUGAGCCAGGAGCUUCACUACACCAGGGAGAAGCAAGGCGAGGAGUCCAUAUUUACCUCACAGAUGCUCAUCCAGACCCCCAAAGAACGGGGGACCAACAUUCUUACCCAGGAGGCUUUGCUGGUGCACAUGGAGGCCACGCUGUCUGCCAGCAAGGUCCAGGUGUCACUGUUUGGAAAGUCAUGGGAUCUCAACAAAAUAUGCUAUAAAUCCGGAGUCCCUAUAAUUGAGAAUGUCAUGAUUGAAAGGAUGAUUGACAAGCUAUUUCCUUGUAUGAUAAUCACCCCGUUGGAUUGUUUUUGGGAAGGGGCCAAGCUACAAGGAGGGUCCGCCUAUUUACCGGGUAUGCCAGACAUCCAAUGGAUGAAUCUGGAUCCAGUCAAGCUCAUGGAGGAACUGAGUCAGUUCACAUCCUUGGAAGGAUUUAAGGAGAUGUUGGACAAAGCCCAGGUGGGCCACGCCUACAUGAACAGGCCGUGUCUGGACCCAUCCGAUCCCGACUGCCCUCUCAGCGCUCCCAACAAGGAACUAUUAGAGCCUCCUGACGUCGCCGGACGCCUCCAAGGCGGUUGCCACGGUUUUAGCCGGAAGUUUAUGCACUGGCAGGAGGAGCUGAUCCUGGGAGGGCGGAUGAAGAACACCCAAGAUGCUCUGAUGAGCGCGGAGGCUCUUCAAACCAUGUUCCUGUUGAUGAGCCCCAAGCAGCUGUACGAGCACUUUAAAGACGACUAUGAGAUCCAUGACAUCAACUGGAAUGAGGAAAAGGCCACGGCCAUCCUGGAGUCGUGGCAGCGGAAGUUUGUGGAGGUGGUCCACCAGAGUAUCCCGACUAACUCCAGCCAGUCCAUCCACGCCUUCUCCACCACCACCCUCAACGACAUCAUGAAGUCCUUUUCCGACGUCAGCGUCCUGCGAGUGGCCGGAGGCUACCUGCUCAUGCUAGCCUAUGCCUGCGUGACCAUGCUGAGGUGGGACUGCGCCAAGUCCCAGGGGGCCGUGGGGCUGGCCGGCGUGCUGCUCGUGGCCCUGUCGGUAGCUGCGGGAUUGGGCCUUUGCUCCCUGCUGGGACUUUCCUUCAAUGCCGCCACCACUCAGGUGCUUCCCUUCCUGGCACUCGGAAUCGGUGUGGAUGACAUGUUUCUUUUGGCUCACUCCUUCACAGAGGCUGGGAGUAACAUUCCGUUUAAGGAGCGAACCGGAGACUGUUUGCGCCGGACGGGCACCAGCGUGGCUCUGACUUCCAUCAACAACAUGAUGGCUUUCUUCAUGGCCGCCCUCGUGCCCAUCCCGGCCCUGCGAGCUUUCUCCUUGCAGGCGGCCAUCGUAGUGGUGUUUAACUUUGCCAUGGUGCUGCUCAUCUUCCCCGCCAUACUCAGUUUGGACCUCCACCGGCGCAAGGACAAGCGCUUGGACGUCCUGUGCUGCCUGUACAGCCCUUGCGCCGACCGAGUCAUACACCUCUCCCCGCACGAGCUGUCGGACGGCGCCGAGCAGAGCCAGGCGCCGGCACCACAUACCCACCAGUACGCGACGGGCUCCACCAUCACCACCAGUACGCAGAUCACCACCACGGUGCAGGCCUUCACGCAGUGCGACGCCGCCGGGCAACACAUCGUCACGAUCCUGCCGCCGACCUCUCAGAUCUCCACCAGCCCGACUUCAAUAAUUCUGUGUCCUACUUCCCAUUCACAAGCGAUCAAGCCUACGCCUGCUACCCCAGUUCAGGAUCCCUACGGCUCCCAGCUGUUCACCCCAACCUCCAGCUCUACCCGGGAUCUUCUAGCCCAGGUGGAGGACUCCAAAUUGGGGAAAAAGUGUGUCCCGCUCCCCUUCCUCCACUGGAACCUGUCCCACUUUGCCAGGGAGAAAUACGCUCCACUUCUCCUCAAGCCCAAAAGCAAAGCCAUUGUGGUCAUCCUCUUCCUGGGCCUCCUGAGCCUCAGCCUGUACGGGACCACCAUGGUGCACGACGGCCUCUACCUGACUGACAUUGUGCCGCAUGACACCAAGGAGUAUGACUUCAUCGACGCCCAGUUCAAAUACUUCUCCUUCUACAACAUGUAUCUGGUCACCACGGAUGGGUUCGAUUACGCCCGCUCACAAAGACUUCUGAUCCAGCUACACAACGCCUUCAACUCGGUCAGAUCCGUGGUCCGGGACAGUGACGGCAAACUGCCCCGCAUGUGGCUGCACUAUUUCCAGGACUGGCUCAGAGGUCUUCAGGCCUCUUUCGACUCGGACUGGCUGGCGGGAAGGAUCACCUCGGACAGCUAUCGGAAUGGCACUGAGGACGGAGUCCUGGCGUACAAACUCCUUAUCCAGACCGGCUCCAAAAAAGAACCCUUCAACUACAGCCAGCUCACUUCUCGUCGGCUGGUGGAUGCGGAGGGUCACAUCCCCCCCGAGGUGUUUUACAUUUACCUGACGGUGUGGGUUAGUAAUGAUCCACUGGGCUAUGCCGCCUCCCAGGCCAACUUCUACCCCCAUCCCAGAGAGUGGAUCCACGACAAGUACGACACCACGGGGGAGAAUCUGCGCAUUCCGGCCGCAGAGCCCCUGGAGUUCGCUCAGUUCCCGUACUACCUGAACGGGCUGCGGCAAGCCGGCGACUUCGUAGAAACCAUCGAGAGCGUGCGGGCCAUCUGCGACGAAUUCAGCCGCAAGGGUGUGUUCAACUACCCCAACGGAUACCCGUUCCUCUUCUGGGAGCAGUACAUAGGCCUCCGACAUUGGUUCUUAUUGGCCAUCAGCGUGGUGCUGGCGUGCACCUUCCUGGUUUGCGCUCUGCUCCUGCUCAACCCGUGGACGGCCGGCAUCAUUGUGUUCAUCUUGGCCAUGAUGACGGUGGAGCUGUUUGGCAUCAUGGGUUUGAUCGGCAUCAAGCUGAGCGCCAUCCCCGUGGUCAUCCUCAUCGCGUCGGUGGGCAUCGGCGUGGAGUUCACCGUUCACAUUGCGCUGGGCUUCCUGACAGCCAUUGGCACCAGAAACAAGCGCUCGGCCGUGGCUCUGGAGCACAUGUUUGCCCCGGUGGUUGACGGCGCCAUUUCCACCCUGCUGGGCGUUCUCAUGCUGGCGGGGUCCGAGUUUGACUUCAUCAUGAGGUAUUUCUUUGCCGUGUUGGCCAUCUUGACACUUCUGGGGAUGCUGAACGGCUUGGUCCUGCUCCCGGUCCUCCUCUCCCUGCUGGGGCCCCCCGCCGAGCUGACAGCCGGUGACGACGGCGGCCGCCCGGCGGCGCCUUCGCCCGAGUCUCCUCUCCCGCCGCCCAUGGCGCACCACGGUUACUUUGCGGACCAGCACGACCAGCGCCGGGCGUUCUCCGAGACGUCCGACUCGGAAUACUACUCGGAGAUGACGUGCACGUCGGGGAUCGGCGAGGAGGAUUACAAGUACUGCGACCGCAGCGCGUACAGUGUGCCGCCUGCGUCCUCGCACAUUCUGCUAGAAGCCAGCAAGAACCCCAGCUUUCCAAAACUCACGGUGGUGAGGCCGCCAAGGGAAACCGGAGGACGGAUAGAACCGUCCGUGGACUCUCCGCACAACGCUCAGCCGCCUUUGAGCUCGCAGUUGACAUGCUGGGAUGGACCCAAGCGAGACCACCAGCAGCAGCAGCCAGGACAACAAAACUUACCCGGAGACAGAGCUCACCAGCCCGGGCGGACUUAUCCGAGCGGUCCGAGGCUACAGAGCGGCCGGGGGCCUCAGCCGAACAGGACUAAAGGGCCCGCCGGCUACGGGGACCCCGCGGCUAGGGGGCCCGUCACCAUGGUGACGGCCACGGCCUCUGUGACGGUGGCCGUGCACCCGACGCUGCCCGGGGCGGCGUACCAGGGCUACAUGCACGAAGGCUUCGACACGGACACUGAGUCGGACUGCUUUGAGCCCACUAAGAGGACUAAGUUUUCGUCGUAUAAGAGAGACUCUUUAGAGCUCCAGGACUUGGAAUGUCCGCAGGAUCAGACGACGCACCAGACCAGACAAGACGUGUCGAGAAUCCAGACGGCCAAAGAGUGAUGGGACCUCCUCCACGCGCUCGUCCUCUGGAAACUGUACAUAGACGCCACAUAGGAUUUAUUUGAAGGACGUUAUGUACUGUAAAUCUAUGAGUAUAUAUUUUAAUACUAAAAUAAGAGGGAAGCUAUUUAAAAGAGUACUGUAUAACUAUGGGUAUACUCGUGUAAAACCUUUUUUGUUUUGUGACGGGGGCCGGGGUGGGGGGGGGGGUUGUUUUCUCGAACCCCCUGCAUAUAGUGUACAGAAUGAGAAUAAUGUGCUAUUUGUAAAAAAUUGUCCACACAGAGUGAGAUCCUAUUAAGAUAUUAGGCUAUUGAACAUACAUGGUCAGUGUUUAUUCCUAUUUGUAUUAUUGUUUUUUUUUUCUUUUUUGUUUUUUUUUGCUGCUACACAAAGUCAUUUUUAAGUGAUUUGCCUUAAAAAAAAAUGCAGUAACCCCUCUUCCUCCCCCUUAAGGCCACACACAUACACGUGCGCACACACACACACACACACACACACGAUAUAAAAUAUACUGUGAAAUCGACCCGAUUUCUUAAUAACGUGCCUUUAUCGCUAUUGUCAAUGCAGCAUCCAGAGCUCAGUAUUACGUCCUUUGCAGUUUUAUGUACUUGAAGGUUCUGUUAUUUGUGACUGCACCUCACAUUUAACAAAAUGGGAACUUAAGGGAGUCGUUUUGAUUUGUUGUAACCCCGACAGAGUUACCUAUAAGCUACUAUUUACAUUUUACAGCAGCUUUGUUCUUUUUUUCCCCCUCCUUCUUCUUCUUUAUUUCCUCUGCAGUUCUUACUUUACAGAAAUGGUCUCAUCACUGCCAGAGUCAUUUGCAGGGAAAGAUCUUUUCUGUAUUUUUCAAGUGGCAGCUUUGUUUUUUUCUUUGUUUGUUUUUUCAUUUUUUGGAGUAGCUACUGUGCAGUUAUGAAACAAUAACUCACCCUACAUAACCACCGUUGGCAGGAAGACUUUAUAGGGAGGAGGUCGAGGGGAAGCUUGUGCAUUGUUUGUAGUUUAAAAAAAAUGUUAAUGUCAUGCCAUAUAAAUUAUUUAUAUUCAAAUUUUUAUUUUUGUAGUUUGUACAGAUGUUAGUAUUUAGACUGAAGUUCUAUUUUUAAAAGAGUAAAUAUAUAUUAUAUAUAAAUAUAUCUAUUUGUUGCCGAGUUUGAUUUUCUUUUUUUUUUUCAUUUAGGAAAGGGUGGGGUUAUUAUGUUGUUGUUGUGGCGAGGAGCAUGAAGGUGUCACUUUUACACCUCCACCCCCCUUCAUGGCACCCUCUUUUGUCGUUGUCCACGUCUAAAACACUGUGACUUCUGAAAACUAUGCUCAAGAAACCCCUCGUGUGACCGCUAUGUUCUCUCACCUGCUAUAGAAAAUGAACUAACAAAA